AUAUACAGACAACGUUGUCGGACCACUGUUGAGUGCGCAAAUGUACAACCCGGAAUUCGAUUGGACGGCUUCCAUCAACACACAAGACAACAAAGUGGCGGAAGUSAUCGAUAAGCUCAGGCACAUCAGACAAACGGUGUUGAAUCAAUUGAGUUCGAGUCCACAGUCAGACUCGCUCAUGGCCGACGAGGCUGAAGGGUCUGGCRAAGGCAGUGGCGCUGGCAGGGGAAGUAACUCCGGCUGGGACGACGACGACGACAACGCAGACUACUCAUCAUCGGGUGACGGUUCCGGCGAAAAUCCGAUCACAACUCAGUCGCCUAACUCCGACGAUUCACAAUGUACUGAAACUGUAAUUGACCUGGUCGUUAAUAAUAAUGAUGAAGUGAUGCUAAAUGAUAUUGGUUUAGGAAACAAUUCAGAGGAGCAAGGUAUAAUAUUCAAUCCUUCUUAUUAUGACAUAAGUUGA